ACUGUAUACUCCUUUUUCCUUCCGUUUCCUUUCAACCUUAUCCGAAUCCUCUCCCAUUUUCUUUCAAUCCAAACAGAGGAAGAAAAGAAGAUAAAAAUGGCUUCCUCCACUGUCUCAACCCUUUCUCUCCGUUCCCCUUCUUAUCCUUCUACCACUAGUACUCCCUCUCUCCUUGUCAAAACCCCUUCUCUCCAAUUCCCUCUCCGUUCCACCACCACUUCUAACCUUAUCCACCGCACCACCUUCCUCCGUCCUCUCAACGCAACCGCAGCUCCUGAAAAAAUCGAAAAACUCGGCACCGAUAUCUCCAAUCUGACCCUCGAAGAAGCUCGGACCCUUGUCGACUACCUCCAGGAGAAACUCGGUGUCUCCGCCGCUGCAUUCGCCCCUGCUGCAGUAGCCGUCGCCGCCCCCGAAGCAGGAGGUUCCGGAGCAGUCGUGGUGGAGGAGAAGACGGAGUUCGAUGUGGUUAUCGAGGAGGUUCCUAGCAAUGCGAGGAUUGCGGUGAUUAAAGCGGUUAGGGGUCUGACGAGUUUGGCAUUGAAAGAGGCGAAAGAGUUGAUUGAAGGGUUGCCCAAGAAGUUCAAAGAAGGAGUUUCGAAAGAGGAGGCUGAUGAUGCCAAGAAACAGCUGGAAGAAGCAGGAGCUAAAGUUUCCAUUGCUUAGACAACAAACAUUUUCAAGGUGUGUCUCUAUUCUGUAUGUUGAAAUGCUCAAGUGAACUUUUCCUUUACGGACCAACUUGCUAAAUGAAAAUAGUUUCAGAUUUUGUUCUUCGAUUUA